AAGGCGAGAGGAAAUGCAUUGUUUGCUGAGGGCAAGUACGAGGAAGCGGUGGAAGCGUACACACGAGCUCUGGAAGCGAGCGGGCAAGACCAGACGCUGUGGAGCAACAGGAGCGCGGCCAGGUUGAAACUGGGCCAUUAUGGCUUCGCCCUCGCCGACGCGCUUUCUUGUGUCCACCUCGCUCCUCGCUGGGCCAAGAGCUACUUCCGUCUCGCGAGCGCGUUCCUCGCUGCAGGCAGACCCGUCGAGGCAGCGGACAACUUCAGACGGGCGCUGGCACUGAGCCCGACGGACGCGACGAUCCUGACGAGCUUGAAGGCGUGCGAGGAAAAGAGCGAGGGCGUGAGAGGACGAGGAUACGUCUACUUCUGGGGA